UUACUGGUGAGCGCUGACAGUUGGGAAUGAAAUAUCUGUCGAUCCCAAUCAUAAAACACUUGGUCUUCUUCUUCUCCAGUUCUUCUACAUCUUGCUGAACUUCCGUUGCACCAUGUCACUCUCCAAACCCUACAACUGUUAUCCUUUGCCAAACUGAUUACAUCACUCUUCGCCUCUGACAUUUCUUACGGAGCGAUUGGAUCUGAGUCUUAUUAUCAUCAGAACUCCAUCUGGUCCCUUCAAUCCGGAAGAGAAGCACCCAAUUCUUUGUUUCUUCCUCAGAUUCUUGGGUUUUUGGAUCUGAAAAAGUUGGGUUUUUGUUGAUUAGUUCGUGAAAGUUAGAGUCUUUGUAUACUCUUGGAGUGUAUUUGAGGGUUCUUGGUUUCAUUGUAAGAGAGAAACCUGCUCUGCCAAUGCAACUAUCGGUUGUUUUGGUCAAUUUUUCGGUGAAUUUUGAGAAACCGGAAAAUUUUAAGUCUUUUGAGAUAAGAAGAAGAAGAAGAAGAAGAAGCAUCAAUGUCUUGGGCCGGCCCAGAAGAUGUUUACCUUUCUACUUCUCUUGCCAGCUAUCUUGAUAAGAAACUUCUUGUGCUGCUCCGAGAUGGUCGGAAGCUUUUAGGAAUACUUCGUUCUUUUGAUCAAUUUGCCAAUGCUGUUCUUGAGGGUGCGUGUGAGAGGGUCAUUGUUGGCGAACUUUAUUGUGACCUCCCUUUGGGUCUUUACGUAAUUCGUGGGGAGAAUGUUGUUUUAAUUGGCGAGCUGGACUCGGAGAGGGAGGAACUUCCACCGCAUAUGACUCGUGUUUCACCUGCAGAAAUCAAAAGGGCACAGAAAGCAGAAAGAGAAGCUUCUGAUCUGAAAGGCACCAUGAGAAAAAGAAUGGAGUUUCUUGACAUGGACUAAAUGAAUUUGCGAAGUUCAUGGGGUUUAUUCACUUCCAUCCGCAAAUAUUAUAGCGGUUGUUUUGCUCUUAUCUUCUCCAUAUGGCUGUCUAGUGUUGUUAGAUGGUAGAUCUUUAAAUCUUUGAAAAUUAGAAUUUUCAUGAACAAUUGUUCAAGUUCUGUGUACUAUUUGUCUGAAUGAAUAGAAGUAUUCAACUGUUUCUUUGC